ACUCUAUAUACUCUCAAAUUUUGUCUGAUUGUUAAAUAAUCGUGUAGAAGUAAAACUUAACAACGAUUUUACAUAAUAUAAAUGCAUAUGCUCUAUAAAUCCAUACGCAAAAAUUAAUGAAUGAAAAAUUAUGAAACUUAAAAUUUUCAGUCUUGACAUAUUGAAGUUAUUUACAAAUCACAUGGACAUAUUAACCACACACUAAUAGAUAUGUACAUCAUUACAUGUAACUUGGAAGUUGUAACAGAUCAGACAAAAUCCAGCAACUUCAGUUUCAUGUGAGCCAUAUGAUCAAAUGUUUAAGAAUAAAGUUAAACAAUUUUAAUUGUUAAAACUAGUUGAUAGCUCAAUGUAGAAAGUAUCAAAAAGUUUUGAUUAGAUUGAACUGGGAGUGGGAUAGCUGUACGAAGAAUGGUAUAUGCAUUUCAGAAGGAUAGUUAUGUGAAAAAGGUAACCACAAAUGUUUUUUCAUCUAAACCAUCGACAAUAAGCGUUUCUGUAAAUGGAAAAAAGAAAGAGAUCAAAGAAGGAUAUGAUGUCAUUUUGGAGGACACUGUGCUUUUCCCUGAAGGUGGAGGUCAGCCAGAUGAUCGUGGUGUUAUUGCUAAUAUCCCGGUUCUGAGGGUGAUCAAAAAGGGUGGCCAGGUUGUUCAUUUUACUGAAAGAAGCCUUCCAGAAGGUGCUGAAGUUGAUGUGGAAGUUGAUUGGACAAGGAGAUUUGAUCAUAUGCAGCAACAUUCGGGGCAACAUUUAAUCACAGCUGUAGCUGAAGACUUGUUUAAAUUUCACACAACAUCAUGGAACUUAGGUGAAGUUGUUAGUUAUAUUGAGUUGGAUACAACUGUAGUCACAAAUGAACAACUGAAUGAAUUGGAGACUGUUCUUAAUCAAAAAAUAAGAGACUGUGUUCCUGUAACUGUUCACAUGUAUCCUCAAGGAGCUCCUGAAUUACAACAGGUGCGAACUAGAUUAGAACUACCAGAGGACCACGUGGAGCCUGUCAGAGUUGUAGAAAUAAAAGAAGUGGAUUUGAAUACUUGCUGUGGCACUCAUGUUUCUAACUUAAGUCAUUUACAGGUUAUCAAAUUACUUUAUGUGGAGAAAGGAAAAAGAAAUAAAACAAACCUUUAUUUUCUGGUUGGUGAAAGGGUGUUGAAAUACAUAAGCAAGGCUGUGGAUAGAGAAAAGGCUCUAACAACUGUACUCAAAUGUAGACCUGAAGAACAUGUUCAAAUGGCAGAAAAGGUGCAGAAAGCUUUAAAAGCAACUCAGAAGGUAAACAUGAUUCUUAUGAUGUGA